AUGGCUCCCCGACGGUCAGCCAGAGUCAGUGCCGCUGCGGCGUUGAAGGCAACAGAGAAGGAGACGUACAAGACAGAAGAGACGAAGGAGACAUACAGGAUAGAAGAGAAGAAGAAGAAGAAGAAGACGACGACGACGACGACGACGACUAGAGGCAUCACUAAGGCGAAAGCUGAGCCAAAGAGGAAGACGACCAAGACGAAGACACAGAAGAAGACAACCGUUACGGUGAUAGCUUCAACGCCUCCUCCGCCGUCUCUACCACCGCCAGCAACACCAGCAACACCUCGCACCACGUCAGGCAACAACAACCUCGACAGGCCGGUCGACCCUCAUCGCACAGCGGCUCCCCUCCUCACCCCGCGUGGCUCGCAUAUCACAGCAUACCCAUCCACUGCUGCUACUGCUGCUACUGCUGGAACUCCUACGACGACGGUAGAGAACCUCCUCAAGGAAGCAAUUGCCCAUCUGCUUUCCGUCGACGCCAGACUCAAACCAGUCAUCGACAAGUUCCCGGAUGCCCCCUUCAGACCAGCAGACCUCGCAGUCGAGAUAGACCCUUUCCAGGCCCUUGUCAGCGGCAUCAUAGGCCAGCAGGUCUCCGGGGCCGCAGCAAAGUCGAUAAAGAAUAAAUUCAUCUCUUUGUUCAGUGCUACCACAGAACAAGCUGGAGCCGAAGCUGAAGAUGGCGAAGAUGAAGUCGGUGAUGCAGGACUACGUUACAGGCCUGUGCCAUUCCCUUCGCCGCAGCAGGUAGUCUCCUUGGACCUGCCUACCUUACGGACCGCGGGUCUCUCCCAGCGCAAGGCAGAGUACAUCCAUGGCCUGGCGGAGAAGUUCGUCUCGGGCGAGCUGUCUGCUCGUAUGCUGCUGACGGCCAGUGACGAGGAAGUGCUGGAAAAGCUGAUUGCCGUGCGGGGACUGGGGAAGUGGUCGGUAGAGAUGUUCUUGUUCUUUGGACUCAAGCGGAUGGAUGUCUUCUCGACGGGUGAUCUUGGUGUUCAACGUGGGAUGGCGGCGUUUGCAGGACGCGAUGUAGGCAAGCUCAAGGCAAAGGGAGGAGGUAAGUUCAAGUACAUGUCGGAAAAGGACAUGGUAGAGAUAGCAGCGCCCUUCUCGCCGUAUAGAAGUCUCUUCAUGUGGUACAUGUGGAGGUGGGAGAACGUAGAUAUUACCGUCAUGCAGGCGUGA